GCACUGGGUCCGGCAGCCUCCAUCCUUUCAAUGCCCAGUCUCCUCUGGGACUGCUGGCCUUCCCUGGAGAUCAGAGCGGUCCUGUGUGCCAUGGGCUGUAUUCAGAGCAUCGGGGGCAAAGCCAGAGUCUUCCGGGAAGGUAUCACGGUGAUUGAUGUGAAAGCCUCUAUCGACCCCAUCCCCACCAGCAUCGAUGAGUCCUCCAGCGUGGUGCUCCGCUACCGGACACCCCACUUCCGUGCCUCGGCCCAGGUGGUCAUGCCACCCAUCCCCAAGAAAGAGACCUGGAUUGUCGGCUGGAUUCAGGCGUGCAGCCAUAUGGAGUUCUACAACCAGUACGGGGAGCAGGGCAUGUCCAGCUGGGAGCUCCCAGACCUCCAGGAGGGCAAGAUCGAGGCCAUCAGUGACUCAGACGGGGUGAACUACCCCUGGUAUGGCAACACCACAGAGACGUGCACUAUUGUGGGUCCCACCAAGAGAGACUCCAAGUUCAUCAUCAGCAUGAACGACAACUUCUAUCCCAGUGUCACGUGGGCCGUGCCCGUCAGUGAGAGCAACGUGGCCAAGCUGACCAACAUCUACCGGGACCAGAGCUUCACCACGUGGCUGGUGGCCACCAACACCUCGACCAAUGACAUGAUCAUUUUGCAGACGCUGCACUGGCGGAUGCAGCUCAGCAUCGAGGUGAACCCCAACCGGCCCCUGGGCCAGCGCGCCAGGCUGCGGGAGCCCAUCGCCCAGGACCAGCCCAAAAUCCUGAGCAAGAACGAGCCGAUACCGCCCAGCGCCCUGGUCAAGCCCAAUGCCAACGACGCUCAGGUCCUCAUGUGGCGGCCCAAGUACGGGCAGCCGCUGGUGGUGAUCCCACCCAAGCACCGGUAACAGCCAGGGUGCCCUGCUAGGCUAGACUCAAAUAAUAACACUGCUCCAACAACACCCACACGGACUCUUCAGUCAUUCAGCAAAAUACAACCACUCUACCUUCUCGAGCGGGCGGAUCUCACUGUGCAAAUGCCCCAGGAUGGCCUCCGCCAGCCCUCUUGGCACCUGCUUCCUUUCGGGGAGGGGGAGGCCCGGCCGGGACACCCAACCCCCCAUGCCCCCUUCACCUUGGGUCUCCUUUUCUGGCAAUUCCAGUCAUUCACUUGCAAGACUCCCUGAAACAACUGCUUUUUCAGUUCUUCUUCUUCUUCUUUUUUUUUUUUAAACACCUCUUUAAGAGGUUCUGGGCGGGAGGAGGCGGGGCUGGUUAUGACCCUGACUGGCAGCUGCUGCUGAUUUGUGAGUGGCGGCCCCCCAUGGCAGCUCCCCUCGUCCUCCCUCACGCGGCCUUACGUAGACUCGCUUUGCCAAACUUUUGCCUUAAGCUGAAUUUAAAGAAAAAAGCCCAAAACAGACAAAGAAAGCAGGAUCUCUUUUCUACCGGACUGUUCAUCUUCUGCUAGAGGUGAGGGAGGGGGCAGGGCCAGGGAGGAGAGAGGGGCACCUGAGCCCUCCUCCUGGCAGUCUUGAGAGAGGAGCAGGGGACAGAUUUAGACCUAAAACCAGCUGCUCAUUCUUUCGUUUCAGCAGAAACGAAACCAGAAACCAGACCGACCACCUAAAGAGCUCCUUCUCUCAGGCUCGGUGGAAGCCCCUCUUCCCCAUACGUGCGGAGAAGGUACCUAUGCGCUCCCACGGGGUGGAUCUGCUGGGGCCGCUUCUCUCCUCUCUCUUCUGGCAGCCUUAACUUGCCUGGGGCGGAUCUGGGAGGAGAGAGGGAGGGCUGAGCCCCGGGAUUCUCAGAUUCUUGCCAUCUCAGUCCUCAGCACCCAGCCACAGAUGGCUCCACAGGCACAUCUCACUAUUGUGCGUCUUUUUCCUUUUCUGUCCACACUGGCCCCAAAAGCCUGGAGGGCCAGCCACCUUGAGCCAGAUUUAGUUCCAAGGUAAGAGAGGCAGGCAACCUCCCUCCUGGCUCCUUCUCAGGAGAUGCCCCCCUACCCUGUGCCAGGCGCUCUGGGAGAAGCUGCAGACAGCUCUGGGCACCAGUGUUGGAGGUGGGGGCAAGCUGCCAGGGGGGCACCCAAGGAUAGGUGGUCCUGGAUCUGGGGAGGCCGGGGAGGCCAUCAGCAGAUGCCCCCUGCUGCUUAUCCUCCAGGAAGCAAACCAGGGCCUCUGGCUGGUGGGGGUGACAUGGGGCCAUGGUUGACAGGCAUUGGGGCUGCUCUGGAGGCUGGUCGGGACAGUGUGGCCAGUCUGGAGGGCCACCAUCCCUCAGGUCCUGGGCCCUCCAGAGCCCAAGGAUGGUCCUGAGCGACCCCAAGCUUUACUUAGUAAUGUCUGCCUUGAAGGCUGCUUGCAGGAGCUAUGGGGGACACCCCACGGAAGCCCCCCCUCUCAAGCUUGCCAACCCCCACAGCUACUUCACCUGGCCCUGCAUUCAAACUAAUAAUACCCAAGCACAGAAAACCAUCAGAAAAGAAAAUUCAUUUCUGCUGCAGAUGAGCCACUUGUUAGAAGUCCCAGUGACAGCGUGGGAGGAUGUGGGUCACCUUGCUCUUGUACUUACUCCAGGGGUGCUUAAUGUCCUGUCUGUCACCCACGCCCCGCUCCUGGCAGCGGGCCCUCAGCUAUCCUGGGACAACUGGACCGGAACAUGCCUGUGGUACCAACACUUGCGUGCUGCUUGGGGAACCCCUUUGUCAGGCCCAGGACCUUCCCCCUGGAAACUGCCUGUUCCCCUUGGUGUGUACGGAGACCCUGUCACCCCGAGAGGCCAGAGAGCCUCGAGUGAGGGGGACGAUGGGUCCCAGCUCUACCUCUGGGGAAGGGCCAGGGAGGGUCCAGGCUGACGGCGUCCUGCUGCCGUGGACAGGACCUGGCCUCCUAACGGAGCGGCCCUUCUCUGCACUCAGGUCUUUCUUGCACUAAAAAAAAAAGAGGAAUGGCCCUGGGCGAGGGGUCAGGGAGCUGGAGUUCGGGUUCUGGGCUGGGUCAUCACGAAGGGAUGCUCACUGUGCGAUGGGGUGGGAGCAGGAGAGGACAAUAUGGAGUGGUCCUGAGCUGUUGGGGGCGGAGUCCCCCAAACACGCACCGGCUGAGCGUGAGCAAGCUCCCGCCAGGGACCAGCGCUGUGCCCACUGGGAGGGAGCGAACCUGCUCUGGCUGCCUCCCCCAGCCUGCCGCAUGUCUGGGCCCCAGCUCGCCUUGCUCCCUGACUCACCUUGUCCCUCCGGCCCCCCUUUCUCUCUGUCGCUCCUGGCCUUUCUGAAGACGGGGCUGGGAAGACCCUGGAGAGGCCACAGGUCCGGCCAAGGACACUGGGCUUCACUUGGGUCUGGUCCCUGGGCCUCCUCCCUGUCAGGAGCACAGACCCCAGGCUUCUCACCUGGGUCCCCAAUCCCUCUGGUGUCCCCCUCCCCUGGUGUGGACACCCUCCUCCAGCAAUAAGGACCAUUCGUGGUCGUGGAGAGUACUGUGAAAACAAACCCAUGCACUUACCAGGAGGCACAAGACUCUUGAAGAACAUGUAAAAUUCACCUUUUUAAAAAAGAACCAACAAAUAUUCACAAAGAGAAAUAAAAUGUAAUUUUAAAGUA